GAACCCAACCAGGAAGUGAAUGGCGGAAAUAUAGAGCCACCUCACGCUUUAAGCUGACAUAUUUUAAAGAUUCUUGUAUUUUUUUUUUUCCUUAAAACGAGAGCUUAGCCGAGUCGGAAGCACAUGUCUGCAGACAAAAACAGCGAACAGCGGGUUUGAAGACACGAUGUCGCGUCAGUGAACUACCCGGCAGGAUCGGUAAAGUGGAUGGACCGAUGUGCAGCCAAUGAUCCAGCUCAGUGUCCUGUCACCGACAGCCUGUCAGAUUAAACACCGACAUAUGGCCCUGCUGCUCGGCUAGCUGAGGGAGACGACGCGAGCAUCAUGUUCCUGAAAACGUCCUUCACCACCCUGAUCGUGGGGGUGUUUGUGGUGUACGUGCUCCACACCUGCUGGGUCAUGUAUGGGAUUGUGUACACCAAGCCCUGCGACAACCCUAAAGGCGACAACUGCAUCACACCCUUCCUGGCAGGAAACCCGAAACUACAGUUGAGUAUCUACACUGCACUGCGGCCGAAUGCAGAUGGAGGACAUACUCUAAUCCACAUGGAGGAGAACUUUGAUGUCACCAGCAAGUUUGAGAGGAUAGUCAACGUCUCCCUCCCUAAGAAAACGCGGACUAAUGGAACUUUAUAUGCACUAAUAUUCGUCCAUCAAGCUGGAGUCAGUCCGUGGCAAGAUUCACGUCAGGUCCACUUGGUGGCCCAGCUCACCACAUACAUGGUCCCUAAGCCGCCUGAAAUCUCUCUGAUAUCUGGAGAGGAUAAAACACGGGGUCAGAAAGAGGAAGCCCAGCAGAAGAAAGGGCGCGAUGGUCGCCCUGCAGCGGGAAGCGAAGCCACUUCCACGUCAGAUCUCCCAGUUUCCCACUGGCGCUCCCGCCUAACACUCAACAUCGUCAGCGACCACUUCCUGUUCGACAGAGAAUACCUCCCAAGUGACGUCCACAGAUACCUCAGAGUAUUCCAGAAUGGGAAGAAGAUGGUGUAUCUACCUCUGCUGUUUGUCGAUGAACUCAGCAACCGGGUCAAGGACCUUGUGGAGAUCAACAGCACCUCAACAGAGCUCCCGCUGACGAUCUCCUACGACUCCAUCUCUCUGGGGAGACUUCGAUUCUGGGUCCACAUGCAAGAUGCUGUGUUGUCUUUGCAGCAGUUUGGUUUCACAGAGAAGGAUGCUGAUGAGAUUAAAGGGAUCUUUGUGGACACCAACUUGUACUUCCUGGCUCUGACCUUCUUCGUAGCUGCCUUCCAUCUCCUCUUUGACUUCCUGGCGUUCAAAAACGACAUCAGCUUCUGGAAGCAGAAGAAAAGCAUGGUGGGAAUGUCCAGCAAAGCAGUGUUGUGGCGAUGUUUCAGCACCAUAGUGAUCUUCCUCUAUUUGUUUGAUGAGCAGACCAGCCUACUUGUCCUCAUUCCUGCCGGGGUUGGCUCAAUCAUUGAGGUAUGGAAAGUGAAGAAGGCCUUUAAGAUUCAGGUUUUCUGGAAAGGAGGCAGACCAACAUUCCUGUUUGGAAAACUGGAUGAAUCAGAGAGACGAACAGAAGAAUACGACACUCUGGCUAUGAAGUAUCUCUCAUAUCUCCUUUACCCACUGUGUAUUGGAGGGGCGGUGUAUGCUCUGAUAUACCUGCGAUACAAGAGCUGGUACUCAUGGCUGAUCAACAGCAUGGUGAAUGGUGUAUAUGCCUUUGGCUUCCUCUUCAUGCUUCCUCAACUAUUUGUCAACUACAAACUGAAAUCCGUGGCCCACCUGCCCUGGAAGGCUUUCAUGUAUAAGGCUUUCAAUACCUUCAUCGACGAUGUGUUUGCCUUCAUCAUCACCAUGCCGACGUCUCACAGACUGGCCUGUUUCAGAGACGACGUGGUGUUUCUCAUUUACCUCUACCAGAGAUGGCUCUACCCAGUGGACAAAACACGAGUAAAUGAGUAUGGGGUUUCUUACGACGAGGAACCCAAAGGAAAGGUUCACAAGGACUAAAGAAGAAAGCUCUUCCAUGAUUAGCUGUCUGUGGGUAUCGUCUCUUUUCCACUGGUAUCCACUGAUCUUAACUGGGAUCAGCUGAACUGAGGUUUAUGGCCCAGGGAGGCGUAGUUUGUCUUAUCGGCCAGCUGGUUGUAAAUGGACCAGGUGUGUUGACGUUCUGGCGGUUUGUGACUGAAGUGUUGAAAGGCCAACAUCUGCUUAUCUCGAGGAUCACUAAACUACAUCCGCGGCCCCUUUCAUACUGCUGCAACAACCUAGAAAAAACAGCAUGCUCGAUUCUUAUCAGGCAGAGUACGCUGAUGGCAACUGUAAAUUUUACUUUAGCAAACUUGUUUUUUUUUUUUGUUUUUUUUUUCUGCCGUAUGUUUUGCGCUUCCUUUUUUUCAAAAAACAACCGUUUUCCAUCCUGAUUUAGUUGUGGCGAGCUGCACAUGUAACAUACACCACUUGAGAACCGCCGCAGAUGUUGCGUUGCCUAAACUUUAAUCAUCAUGUCAAAAAGGGAUUUUUAUCAUUAUGAGUGGUUUUACAAAUUAACUGACAUUUUACGACUCGGCUGAUUCCAUCUGCUUUAAAAAUCGCGUACAGUAUGUAUCAGAGCUGUAGAACAAGAGCUGCUCUGCUCGUCUGAGAGGCCUCAUUCAUCAGGACUAUAUAAUCCAGAUGCUUGUUGUUCACCUGCCAGCACUGAAUCUGUACAAUUUUGGUUUAAUUACCUUGAACAACGUAAUUGGGCAAAUGUGAAGCAUCAUUUGUGUGCUUUAUCAGGCACUAACACUAUUAUUAUUCCAAAAGCACCAGGUUGCAUAUAUCAAGGCUCUCUCAAGCAAAAGCUAAUUACUGUUCAGAAGCUGGUAAUUACGGUAAUUCUGAUACAAUGUGAAAGCUGCAUUAGGCAAAGAUCGGCAGUACAGAAACUUAAGUGGAUCUGCUCAUUGAGUUGAAUGUACUUCUCUAUAAACUAUACAUAAUUAUGCUAUUUGUGUCUAAAGAUUUCUAACUUGAAAGGCAAAUACGUUGGCUUUGGGAAAGUAUCACCGUGCAGACAAACAUUUUAUCCAAAAUUAUGAUCAUGACACUGUUGCUGCAUCUCAGUUCUGUAGCUGUGUAACAGGUGUGAGAAUAUGCUGUGUGCGAUAAGCUCCUUAAAAUGGCCGAGGCUAAAAUCAGAGGAAUUUUAAAUUAAACAAAUGAAAUGAAAGGCAAAUGAAACAAAUGAAAUCCGAAAUGUCUUUGUUAAAUUUGACGUAAGGUAGUUUUAAUGUAGAAGCGGAAUGGUGCGAGAUUGCAAUUUGUCGCCACGGCGAUGGAGAAUCUCAAAGCAGAGUGGAAAUAUGUCAAUUUGUUGCUGUGAGACGGUAUGAAUUGCAUUCCCUUUGAAGGUUUCUGAAUCUGUGAAGUUGAAUUUUGUUUUUUUUGUUUUUUUUUUUCCUACUCUGUCCACACUAAUAUUUUUUAUUACACUGUAACACCGCUGGGUUACCACUGAUAGCCAUACUGUCUCUUCCAUCCAUCUAGUUUUUUUAGUUUUACCUGUCGGAGUAUUUUUUACAUGCUAGAGCCAAGAAAAUAUGUUCGUGCCAAAUGUGAAAGAUUCUUUGAACUGUUUGUGAGCGGUGUACGUAUGCUCCACUCUGAUGUUUUUUAAAAAAAAACAUGACAUAGCGGGAGGGACAGUAAUGGUAAGACUUAAGGAAAGUAUUACUAUAUCUGGAUUUACACAUUUUGACUUCUAUGCCAUAGUUCUAAUAUCAAGCUUAUGAAACGAAUAGAAAGACUGUACUUGGAAUCCAUCUACUUCAGGUUCAGAUAUCAAGAUUUAUAUAAGGUCGGCAAACAGAUAGCCAGUGAAGGUUUUCUGUUAAUUGUCAAAUGCAGCCAGGACAUAUUUGUCAAAAAUUUGCUAUGAACGGAUUUUACUUAUUGUAAUGUUGUGUUUUUGGAUUGAGAUGAAAUAAAAUGACUGAGUUAA